AUUUAAUAAUUAUCAUUAUUCCUUUUUGCUUACCUGUUUCUCUCUCUUUACAACUAAACAUCUCUCUUCUUGGGGGCAACAUUUUUGCGAUCUCUGGUGGGUUUAGUUUUCAAGGGCAAAAUGACAGAUGCAAGAGAGGAUGCACCCUUGAUGCCCCCAUCAUCGCGAAAUCUUCCUGAUUUCAAGAACUCUGUUAAAUUGAAGUAUGUCAAGCUUGGUUAUCAUUACCUCAUCACUCAUGGAAUGUACCUCUUCCUUUCCCCCCUUGUGGUGCUGAUUGCUGCCCAGCUCUCCACCUUCUCCCUACAAGACCUUUAUGAUCUUUGGGAGCAUCUACAAUACAACUUGAUAUCUGUUAUUCUUUGCUCAACUCUCCUUGUUUUUCUAUCCACCCUCUACUUUCUGACUCGUCCUCGGCCAGUGUACCUCGUGGAUUUCUCCUGUUACAAGCCUGAAGAAUCUCGGAAAUGCACAAAAAGGGUGUUUAUGGAUCAGUCUCAGAUGACUGGUUCUUUCACAGAGGAAAAUCUUGGGUUCCAGCGAAAGAUCCUUGAGAGAUCUGGCCUUGGGGACUCCACUUACCUUCCAGAGGCCGUCCUCAACAUUCCUCCUAACCCUUCAAUGAAAGAAGCUAGAAAAGAAGCUGAGGCUGUGAUGUUUGGUGCCAUCGACGAGCUAUUCGCUAAGACCUUUGUAAAGCCUAAGGACAUCGGAAUUCUGAUUGUAAAUUGUAGCCUGUUCAACCCAACUCCAUCACUUUCUGCAAUGAUUGUCAAUCAUUACAAGCUUCGAGGGAAUAUAAGGAGCUACAACUUAGGUGGUAUGGGUUGCAGUGCAGGGCUGAUCUCAAUUGAUCUAGCUAAAGAUCUUCUCCAGGCCCAUCCUAACUCCUAUGCAUUGAUCAUUAGCAUGGAGAAUAUCACAUUGAAUUGGUAUUUUGGAAAUGAUCGGUCAAAGCUUGUUUCUAAUUGUAUAUUUCGUAUGGGAGGAGCUGCAGUUCUGCUGUCUAACAAAAGCUCUGAUAGAAGAAGAUCCAAAUACCGAUUGGUCAAUACCGUUCGCACUAAUAAGGCUGCUGAUGACAAGUGUUUUAGCUGUGUUACGCAAGAAGAAGAUGCCAAUGGCAAGAUUGGUGUUACUUUGUCAAAAGAUCUGAUGGCAGUUGCAGGUGAUGCUUUAAAAACCAAUAUCACUACAUUGGGGCCUCUUGUACUUCCAACAUCUGAACAGCUGCUAUUCUUCACCACAUUAGUUGGAAAGAAACUUUUCAAGAUGAAGAUCAAACCUUAUAUUCCAGAUUUCAAGCUAGCUUUUGAACAUUUUUGCAUCCAUGCCGGAGGCAGAGCUGUUUUGGAUGAACUGGAGAAAAACUUGCAGCUAUCUCCUUGGCAUAUGGAGCCAUCAAGGAUGACACUUUAUCGUUUUGGAAACACCUCCAGCAGUUCACUUUGGUAUGAACUGGCUUACACAGAAGCCAAAGGGAGGAUCAAGAAGGGAGAUAGAACCUGGCAAAUAGCAUUUGGUGCUGGAUUCAAGUGUAACAGUGCAGUGUGGAAGGCUCUCAGGACCAUUGACCCUGCUAAGGAGAAGAGCCCUUGGAUGGAUGAGAUCGACCAGUUUCCAGUUGAUGUUCCAAGGGUAUCUGCCAUCUAAACGAUGAAAUUUCAAAUAUUAGUGUAUCAGCAUUAGGUGGUAGCUGUUUCCCUGGUGAAAUUCUAUUGAGCUAUUGAGGUACAUCACUGUUUUCAGAGUUCAGAUUUUAGGAGUUUUAUUCUACUUUUGGUAGGUUUGUCAAAUCCAAUUUAGUCAGGGACUGGUGCUUGAGCUUUUAUUUGCUGUGAGGGUGUAUGUUUCUCGGGAUUAUAUUUAUUGAUUGGUCUGUGGAUUGUGGUAGUGAAAUGCGUAGGGCAUCUGAUGUUAUUCCCAAUCUCAAAUCUUGAUUUCUCCAUUGAAA